AUGUCGGCCCUCUCCUCUUGCGCCCAUGUGUGGAUUCAACAAAGCCAAUUAGGAGAACUUCCGCCACUUUAUCUCAGCAGCCGCUCAUCAGAGUCCAAAUUGAAGCAUAUGGAACACCAAUGGGACCAAGUUAUUCAACAGUCCCGAGAUAUGCAUGGUGCAGAGGCCUUGGACAUGAUAAUGCUCCAAGAAGAGUUGGAGAAGGGGAUGUCGAAGGAAAAGAGAAUUGCGGUACAAAAUUCCGUCAUCAGUGUGAAAGAUGCAGAAAGGAGAGCUGUGUUGACUCAGGGCCCCCUUGGAUGCAAAAUGGCGGAUUCCGUAAGAACUGAAUGGAACAGACCCUCUUGGCAUGAAAAGACGCUAAACGUUCCGUUCUAUUCUGAUUUAUUCUGA